GAGAGCGUGUUACAAAGAUACUUAUACUAUAAAAUACAUUCUUGGUUGUCAUACGAAUAAUAUUAGUUAAACAGUUGAUAAGAAGUUAUCGGAAGCAUAGUAUUACGGUUUGGGCUGGUAAAAGAAAGGGUAAGCUGGUUUGAGAAAUACGUAAAACAAAAAUUUAAAUUAUCAAAUGUUAAGGCAAUCUAUUGAACUUAAGAAUUUUUAUUUGUUGCAUAUUCAACCCCAGUAGAAAUAUUAUAUCGUAUUUUACUCAUGUUAUAAGUGUUUUCUGACCAUCAGAAUUUUGCAAAAUCUUCCCCCGAAGUCCAGGUAAUGGCAUUUCAGGGAUUUUAGACUCACAAAAAUUGGGGGGAGGGGGCAUGCCCCUAGACCCCCCUUAGUAAACUCGUACCAGCGGUGGUACACCCCUAACUGCAUCACUCUCGUAUUAGGGGCAUUUGUAUCAGUCGGUGGCAUUUUUGCUAACAUCCCCCCCCCCUCCAAACAAAAUCGUUAUGAACGGCCCUGCGUGCACAAUUUAUUUAUAUCAUCACUACCGACAAUUAUAACACGAUUCAACUAUCACUUAAACACAAACUUUAAUAUUGUUCUUUUUUGUCCGAGAUAUUUCCUGUUUUAAAAUGGAUAAAAACAAGGUACCACAAGAUGACAGAACGGUUAAAAGAGGAUGUUCAAACGAGAGUGGUGAUGAAAUGGAACACCUGAUACCAACUAAAAUAGCUAAAUCAUCAGAGAAUGAGAGAGAUACAGAUAAAAAAAUAAAAACAUGGAGCAAUAAAAUAUCUCAGAUAUCAGAUCUACGAGCACGAGAUAUAAUAUAUGACAUGCUAGAUCAACACUGUCUAUCAGAUUCAGAUUUAGAUUUUAUUCUGAAGAAAGAAGAGAUCAGUCGGAAAGACGGACUAGAAGCAAUGAUGGGAAGGAUACACAGUUCAGGACAAACUGUUUAUCUGGUAUUUUUAGAUGUAUUAAAGAAGAAGGGCUAUGAUGCCAUCUUGGAUAUUUUACCGAAGGUUAACGGCCAAGAGAACUAUAAUAAAACAACUGAUAUUUCCUGUUUUAAAAUGGAUAAAACCAAUGAACCACGAGAUGACAGAACGGUUAAAAGAGAUAUUCCAAAGGAGAGUGAUGAUGAAAUGGAACACCUGCUACCCACUAAAAAAGCUAAAUUAUCAAUUGAAAGUGAAGAUAUCAAACAAAAACAUAAAUUCCAGACGAUACAGGAAAGGUUAACUCAAACUGUUGAUGACGUCAACAUUGAUCAAAUAGAGACCAUAUUAAAAGAACUACAGCCAGAUGACGUCAGAAGAUUACAAGACGUCAUUAUAAGUUUAACCUGUCAAUCAUUAGAGAGAAGAUAUUUACCACUUGUUAAAUUUUUAUUUAAUAAUAUUAUAAUAUUACAAUCUGAUGGUCAACUUGAUAUUAAUUUAAAUAUACAGUUAAUGACAUGUGCUAUAAAAUCAGAUUUUGUUGAAGGUAUUCAGUAUCUGUAUAAAAGGGCAUUAUAUUUAGAGGUUAAACAUGACGAUAAAGUAUGGAGUGCUUUGUUGGAAUCUGUUAAGUAUGACAGUUUUAAUAUUACUAAAUAUCUUUUAACCGUUUCGGAUAUAAAUCUAAAUCCAGGUCUCGAUAAAACUAUAUUAAUGUUCGCUAAAUCUGGUAAAAUGUUAUCAAUUCUUUUAAGUAAUGAUCAAAUCAAGAACAUGAUUAAUUAUAAAUCAAAAUCUGGUUUCACUGCACUAUAUCACUGUACAGAAAACAUUGAUGAUGUUGCCGAAUGUUUAAACUGUAUUAAAAUUUUAACAGAAGCUGGGGGUGCAUUCGACAAGUUCAAUUUACUACAUGUUAUUUAUAAGUAUGGUGGUAAAGAAACAUGUCUAGAUAUUAUAACAUUAUUAAUAAAACACGGUGCUGAUGUUAACAUGGUUGAACAGUUGAAUAGCACACCUUUAACAUGUGCUAUAGAAUACCAUGGCGAUAAAGGUAAAAUAUGUUUAGAUAUUAUAAAAUUAUUAAUACAAAAUGGUGCUGACGUUAAUAAGGUUGACGGUUAUAGAAAGUCACCUUUAACAUGUGCUAUAGAACACCAUCGUAAAUGUUCACAUAUUAUAGAAUUAUUAAUCGGACGAGGUGCUAACGUUAACAUGACUGACGAGUUACAUGCGUCACCUCUAACACGUGCUAUAGAACACCAUGGCGAUAAAGAUACCGGUGAAUAUAUUAUAACAUUAUUAAUACGGAAAGGUGCUGACGUGAACAUGGUUGACGGGUAUGGUAGAACCCCAUUAGCACGUGCUAUAACAUAUCAUAGUGAUAAAGGUACAAUAUGUUUAGAUAUUAUAAAAUUAUUAAUACAAAAUGAUGCUGACGUUAAGAAGGUUGACGGUUAUGGUAUGCCACCUCUAACAUGUGCUAUAGAACACCAUGGUGAUAAAGAUACAGGUAUUAUUGCAUUAUUAAUAAACCACGGUGCUGACGUGAACAUGAUUUACAAGUCUUACUCGCCUUUAAUACAAGCUAUUUUACAGCAUGGUGGUAAAUAUCCAUGUAAAGAGGUUAUAACAUUAUUAAUACAGAAAGGUGCUGUCGUUAAUAUGGUUGACAAGUAUGGUAGAUCACCUUUAACAUGUGCUAUUGAACAACAUGGUGAUAAAGAUAUGUGCAUAUAUAUUAUGGAUUUAUUAAUCAAAUAUGGUGCUGACGUUAACAUGGUUGAUAGGAUACGUGGAUUACCUUUAACACGUGUUAUAGAACACGUUGGUGAUAAAGAUACAGGUAUAUCAUUAUUAAUACAACACGGUGCUGACGUGAACAUGGUCAGCAGGUAUGGCACACCUUUAACACAUGCUAUAGACUACCAUGGUGCUAAAUAUUUAUGUAAAGGUAUUAUAUCAUUAUUAAUACACCACGGUGCUGAUGUUAAUAUGGUUGGUAGGCUUAAUACGACACCUUUAACAUGUGCUAUAUCACGCCAUGGUGAUAAAAAUACAGGUUUAGGUAUUAUAACAUUAUUAAUAAAGAAAGAUGCUGACGUAAACAAGGUUGACGGUUAUGGUAUGUCACCUUUAGCAUGUGCUAUAACACUUCAUGGUGAUAAAGGUAAAUGUGUAGGUAUUAUUAAAUUAUUAAUACAGAAUGGUGCUGAUCCCGCCAUGAGUGCAAAGCUAAGGCCUUUAAUGUAUGCCGCUCAAUACGCCCACGAUUUAGAUAUUAUUAAAUUAGUGCUUGUAGAUAGUGUUAAUGUAAAUAAAACUAAUGAGCAGGGUUUGUCAGCUUGUAGACAUUGUUUUGUAAAAACAAACAAAAAUGAAUAUGGUAGAACCUGGGUCAGCAAAAGGGAUUUCAGAACUACUUUGGCUAUAUUCAAACUUCUAGUCGAGUCUGGGGCCGAUUUGGUUGCUAAUGGACCUGAACUAAUGUAUGAUAUUAUUAAUUUCGGGCAGUUAAAGAUUUUUGAGUAUUAUAUAGGAUUAAAACCAUCAGUGGAUAGUUUUACUGAAACAACCAAUCAAAAUAUUUUUCAUCGCUUGGCUAAACUGAAGGGUAAGUUUAGAUCACAGAAGUUUAAAUGGUUGUUUAAUUAUACUAUUGAUAUAAAUCAUAAAAAUGCUGUCAAACGUUUACUUGAGACUGGCGGAAAUAUCGAUUCUCAGGACAUAAAUGGAAAAACUGCUUUGAUCUUGGCGGCCAUGAAUACAAAUACAAUUAUUAUGCAUUUAUUACUUGAAUUGGGCUCAGAACUUAAUAUUUUAGAAACAAAAUAUGAAACAUCUGCUUUACAUUUUCUAGACCUUGAUAAUAGUAGAUAUUGUUUAAAAACAUGUAUUAUGAGAGGUGGUCAUAAACUUCUGAAUUUACCAGGACCAGAUGGCAAUACACUGAUACAGCGAGCUUUACUUUUUCCUACUUUUUAUGAACCAGAGAAAACUCUUGAUUUAAUAAGAUAUUUCGUUGCUGAAAACUGCUGCCUUCAGCAUCUUCAGUCUGUAUCUACUGAGCGUAACUACUACAACCAUGAUGUUUUUUUAGAUGAUUUUAAUAGUGAAGAGAGAAAUGAACUUAGACAACUACUUUAUCGAAGUGGGGCCCCAGAAGAAGAGGUUGUUUCCACUGUUAAUUUUAAAAUGGAAGAUGAGCUAAAUGACCGAGGUGGAAUGGUUCACUUAAACAACAGGGAAAAAUUCAAGUUUGCAUGUUUUAACUUAUCUCUUGAAGCGAAGUGCAUAAGAGUCAUCAGGCAGAAAUUGGGACUAGGAAUAAAGGAGAAAGUUGAACAACUACUGUUUCCUAAACCUCUGAUAAGGAAGAUCUUACUGGUUGAUCUUCUUUCUAAAAAAUACUUUGGCCGUUAUUCCAUGGAUGAUUAUUAUGAUAGUGAUGAUGAUGAUGAUGAUGAUUAUGAUGUUGAUAGUGAUGAUGAUGAUUAUGGUGAUGAUGAUGAUGAUGAUGAUGUUAAAGAUGCGAAUGAUACAGAUUCUGAUGUUAGUGAAGAUGAUGAUGAAAAAGAUUCAGAUGUUAGUGAUGGAGAUGACAAGAUGGAUGGUGAAGGAUGAAGUUAUUAUAGAUGAGGAUGACAAAGAUACGGGUACAUAAUUAGAGCCAGGAUGGAUAACGUCUUGUCAUGUACCUCUUAGAGAUUACUGUUGACUCAAUGAUAGACCUUCUGAUCUAACGCGCACACGUUAACCAUUCGGCCACCCAACCCCCGAACGGUGAUGAUGGUAGAGUAAUGAUAUUACAAUACCUGGACGUUGAUGAUGAUAUAUUAUGAUGGCUGUGUCCAUGUGUACCAUCUUGGCGGUGAUGAUGAUAAUAGUUUAUCACCAUCAUGUUACUACCGGGACUGCACGUAUUUAAGCCCAUCCGUUAUUUAGCCCAUGGGCGUACAUUAGAUUAUUGAAUUAGAGUGGUCUCCCUUAACGGAUGUUUGCUGAAACAUGCUAUCCAUGUAAAAUCUCAGUCAGUAUUAUACGCUAAGUGUUGUUAGGGGCGUAAAUUAUAUUAUUGAAUUAGAGUGGUCUCCCUUAACGGAUGUUUGAUCAUGAAAAUGCUGUCUUUAUUAAACUUUGAAUAUUCUACAUGUUUUGAUUGUUUUUGCUAGUUUUUCAUUUUUAAGCCCUGGGCUUAAAUUCGACUUAACUGUUACCUGAUGAAAACAGGUAUUAAUAGUUUAUCACCAAUAUGUUACUAUUAAUAGUUUAUCACAACCAUGUUAUUAUUAAUAGUUUAUCAGCACCGCGCUAUUAUUAAUGGUUUAUCAGCACCGUGUUAUUUUUAAUAGUUUAUCAGCACCAUGUUAUUAUCAAUAGUUUAUCAGCACCUUGUUAUUAUUAAUGGUUUAUCACCACCAUGUUAUUAUUAAUAGUUUAUCACCACCGUGUUAUUAUUAAUGGUUUAUCACCACCGUGUUAUUAUUAAUAGUUUAUGACCACCAUGUUAUAAUUAAUAGUUUAUCAGCACCAUGUUAUUAUUAAUGGUUUAUCAGCACCUUGUUAUUAUUAAUAGUUUAUCACCACCAUGUUAUUAUUAAUAGUUUAUCACCACCAUGUUAUUAUCAGCACCAUGUUAUUAUCAAUAGUUUAUCAGCACCUUGUUAUUAUUAAUGGUUUAUCACCACCAUGUUAUUAUUAAUAGUUUAUCACCGCCGUGUUAUUAUUAAUGGUUUAUCACCACCGUGUUAUUAUUAAUAGUUUAUGACCACCAUGUUAUAAUUAAUAGUUUAUCAGCACCAUGUUAUUAUUAAUGGUUUAUCAGCACCUUGUUAUUAUUAAUAGUUUAUCACCACCAUGUUAUUAUUAAUAGUUUAUCACCACCAUGUUAUUAUUAAUAGUUUAUCACCACCAUGUUAUUAUUAAUAGUUUAUCACCACCAUGUUAUUAAUGAUUUAUUAGCACCGUGUUAUUAUUAAUGGUUUAUCACCACCGUGCUAUUAUUAAUAUUAAUGGUUUAUUAGCACCAUGUUAUUAUUAAUAGUUUAUCAGCACCAUGUUAUUAUUAAUUGUUUAUCACCACCAUGUUAUUAUUAAUGGUUUAUCAGCACCGUGUUAUUAUUAAUAGUUUAUCAGCACCGUGCUAUUAUUAAUGGUUUAUCAGGACCGUGUUAUUAUUAAUAGUUUAUCAGGACCGUGUUAUUAUUAAUAGUUUAUCACGACCAUGUUAUUAUUAAUAGUUUAUCGCCAACAUGUUAUUAUUAAUAGUUUAUCAGCAUCAUGUUAUUAUUAAUAGUUUAUCACCACCAUGUGAUUAUUAAUGGUUUAUCACCACCAUGUUAUUAUUAAGAGUUUAUCAGCACCAUGUUAUUAUUAAUAGUUUAUUUGCACCAUGUUAUUAUUAAUAGUUUAUCACCACCAUGUUAUUAUUAAUAGUUUAUCACCAUGGUAUUAUCAAUGGUUUAACACCAUGUUAUUAUUAAUGGUUUAUCACCACCAUGGUAUUAUUAAUGGCUUAUCACCACCAUGUUAUUAUUAAUAGUUUAUCACCACCAUGUUAUUAUUAAUAGUUUAUCAGCACCAUGGUAUUAUUAAUAGUUUAUCACCACCAUGUUAUUAUUAAUGGUUUAUCACCACCGUGUUAUUAUUAAUAGUUUAUCACCACCAUGUUAUUAUUAAUUGUUUAUCACCAAUAUGUUACUAUUAAUGGUUUAUCACCACCGUUUUAUUAUUAAUUGUUUAUCAGCACCAUGUUAUUAUUAAUAUUUUAUCACCACCAUGUUAUUAUUAAUGACUAGUCAGCACCGCGUUAUUAUCAAUAGUUUAUCAGCACCAUGUUAUUAUUAAUAGUUUAUCUUCACCAUGUUAUUAUUAAUAGUUUAUCAGUACCAUGCUAUUAUUAGUAGUUUAUCACUACCGUGUUAUUAUUAAUAGUUUAUUACCACCAUGGUAUUAUUAAUAGUUUAUCACCAUGGUAUUAUCAAUGGUUUAUCACCAUGUUAUUAUUAAUAGUUUAUGACCACCAUGUUAUUAUUAAUAGUUUAUCACCACCAUGUUAUUAUUAAUGGUUUAUCACCAUCAUGUUAUUAUUAAUGGUUUAUCAGCACCAUAUUAUUAUUAAUAGUUUAUCACCGCCAUGUUAUUAUUAAUGGUUUAUCACCACCAUGUUAUUAUUAAUGGUUUAUCACCACCGUGUUAUUAUUAAUAGUUUAUCAUCACCGUGUUAUUAUUAAUGGUUUAUCAGCACCGUGUUAUUAUUAAUAGUUUAUCACCACCAUGGUGUUAUUAAUAGUUCAUCACCACCAUGGUAUUAUUAAUAGUUUAUCAGCAUCAUGUUAUUAUUAAUAGUUUAUCACCACCAUGUUAUUAUUAAUAGUUUAUCACCACCAUGUUAUUAUUAAUAGUUUAUCACCACCAUGUUAUUAUUAAUAAUUUAUCACCACCGUGUUAUUAUUAAUAGUUUAUGACCACCAUGUUAUUAUUAAUAGUUUAUCAGCACCAUGCUAUUAUUGGUAGUUUAUCACCACCGUGUUAUUAUUAAUGGUUUAUCACCACCAUUUUAUUAUUAAUGGUUUAUCACCACCAUGUUAUUAUUAAUGGUUUCUCACCACCCUGUUAUUAUUGAUAGUUUAUCACCACUAUGUUACUAUUAAUGGUUUAUCAUCACCAUGUUAUUAUUAAUAGUUUAUGAGCACCAUUGAAUUAUUGAUAUUAUUAUUAACAUUGUAUUAUAUGUUCAUGUUUUCAUGCACUGCAAUAAAUGAUGCUGUUUUCUGUU